AGGAAAGAUCAGUGAGACUACCGAAAUGGCGAUCAUCAGAUAAAUCGUGAAGCCGAAGAAGAAGAAGAAGGAAGAUGGUUCUCUGGGAGAUAACUCUAGGAACAGCCUACUUCUUGGGUCUGAGACGUACUUAUAGACUCGCCUUGAAGAUCCAGCGUCGUAUUGUUACUCCCAAACAUCCCAAAAUCCGUCAGUUUCUUCAUCGGAGGACUCGUAAAAUCUUCGAUGUGGCAGUCUCGGUUCACAAGAAUAUACAAGAGAGAGAUAUAGAAGUUGGUAGGAAUCUUGGGAACUGGAUUCUUCGUUGGCUCGACCGGAUGAAGCCAGCAGCACAGAUCCGUACUCGGCCAGAACUACCGCAUAAUACCAACUUGGACAAGGCAAAAAGACUAGCGGAAUCUUCCCGUCCCAGAUCGCACACAAACACGACGCAGACUCCUCAAAACCGUGGAUCCGAUAGGAACUUGUUCUCCUCACUGAAACACUUCCGCAACAAGCCGUUCCCGUCUGUCUCUAUGAUGAUCCAACCGCCUAAACCCAAUGGAACUUCAACUCAGUACAGACAUUACAGUGGUGGUCUAGCCGCAAAUCUGAUUCAACCGAGCUAUGGUAGAGGUGGCAGGUUUGACGGUGUAAUCAGGGAAGACAUUUUGCAGUGGAUGGCACGGAGAUGAAAGACGAGGCAGCAAGAGAAAAGCCAUUAAAGUUUCUAAUCUUUCUUGACAUAGUUGUGUCUUUCUUAUCUUUAACUUUUAGCUCCAGACACUGAUGUUGAUUGUGGAUAGAAUCAGAAGCAAGUAUGUAGAAAACAUGACAAUGUCUUUUUUUUCCUUUCUAACGCUUAAAUAAAGUUUCAUAUACACUGAGGUUAUAAUUACUA